AUGACGAAUUCCGACACCUCUAAGAUCGUCAUCGCUCGGUUUCCAGUUCAAAUUCGAUGUGAAUCAUCCCCUUUCCCGAUAACUGAUUUCGACUUCAAUUUAAUCUCCCGAAAAUCUUAUACGGUCACUUCUACUCGUCUCACUCCUGGUAUGGAAAAUGCGAAAAUUUCCACAAAACAACAGAUCGCCAAGAUCCUAGGCGUCUCUGGAGCUCCUCGUCUUACAUUUUGCCUGGAAACCAGGAUAGCUUCGGUUCUUCAAAAAGACAGUCCUUACUCUAUUGCACUAGAGAUACGAGCAAUACCACAAUGGUCGGAUACGAGCAAGGCCAUUGUGAACUUUCCCCAGAUUACCAGGAUAAAAAAUUUUGUUCUUGUUAUAAGAUCGAUAACAAGUACUAUAGCCUUUGAUACGGGCGCUAUAGGGGCGGCUGAAGUUGUGCGCGAGAACCACUUCAAGAGAUCGACAGUUUUGGCAGAAUAUCCAAAGCCGAAGAACAAAAAGCAGAUGGAUAAUGAUCAAUUUCAAUCUGAAGUCCGGUCUAAAGAAUCUCCUUUGAACAACUAUCUGUCAACUGAUGGCACUCCUUUGGCCUUGACGAUUGACGACAACUCGAGUCCCCUAAAUAUAGGAGAGGUGCUCGGUCUAAAACUCAAGCACGACCAAUUCCGGUUUUCUGAAGUCCCGACAUUCAUCACAUACAAUAUCAAACGAGAAUACCAGCUAGAAUGGAGGAUGGGUCUCGAAGUUGGCGGAGAGACACUCAGGGUUGAGGGCAGGCAUCCAGUCUUGAUCAUGGAGGAGGCUGAUUAG